UGCAACAGCAGGGAAUCAUUUGACCGACCAGCUGGUCAGUCGGGCUGCUUUCAGCACUCACCUAUUCAAACAAAGAGAGAAAAAAUUGUAGAGAGGAAAAAAAAAGUUAGAAGAUAGAGAAAAAAUUGUUAGAAGAGAAAAAAAAAUUUAGAAUUGUAAUUAAAUUUUAGUGGUUAUCUCGUUAAAAAAAAUUAGUAAAUUUUAGUAGAGUUUGACGGAGUGAUUUUUCCGGAAUUGGUUGAAGCGACGGAGUUUAUUUUGUGGAGCUUAUCGGAUAUUUUUUUGGAGCUACAUAUUAUUUUUCGGUCUGCUAUUUUACGAGGUCUACAAGAGGUAUGAGUUCCGCAAGACGUCGAAAUCCAUCAACAAUUCAAAUUGUCCAAAAAUAUGAGGAUAUCUAUUGUGAAGUUUGGUAUGGACAAAAAAGACCAUUUGAAAACACCCCAAUCCGUCCUUGCAUGGAAAAGACACAAGCCAGGCAUAUAUUUGUCGGUCGACACUCAAAAAACUUGGCUGAUUUUGGAAAUGCGGUUGUGUCUCCUGAGCCCGAAUGGGGGAGGUUGUGGGAAGUGAGAUGCGAGAUGGAGGCGUACUGUGAUUUUCACUGCAUACCUGUACCAAGAGCGAUGUCCGCAACAAUUGCAAGAAACACGGAAUCGUCGGUACAAUUUCUGAUGGAACGCCUGGAGAUUGAAACUCAUGUGAUGGGUCUACGACUAAGGGCAAUUCACCAAGAUACUCCUGAUUGGUGCGACAUGUUUGUUGACAUCAGAAACCCUACGUCAUGGAAUACUAUGGAGUUGCAGGAUUACGACCAAGACGAUUCCGAUGAUUUUGUGAAAUAUCUCCCGUGGACUUUGUCAAGAUGUUGUGCCCAAUGUUUUAAUUACGUUAUUUAAAUCAAACUUUUUAUGUAAUUUAUAAAUGGUUUUAUAAUUUGUGAACUCCCAUAUAA